AUGGCGGCCGAAGAGUUUGUAGUCCUGGAAGGCACCCAUUUCGAAGGGGGCGGCGGACUAAUUCGGGAUGUCCUAUCCUUUUCCACCCUGCUCAAUCGAGAUGUGCAGAUCAAUUCUAUACGCGCAAACAGACCAGGGAUCGGUGGGCUACGUGUCGAACACACUAUCGCCAUUGAUACUAUGGCAUACCUCACUGGAGCAGUCGUAGAAGGUAACGCGAUUGCAAGCCGACAGCUUGUUUUCAAGCCGCACAAGAACCCCAAAGCAGAGGUUAUCGAAGAUGGAAAGUAUCUAGAUAUCACUUUUGAGGGCUCAGCCGCAAUUUUCAUGAUUGCCAUGAUACCAUACAUCCUUUUCUCACACCUGGGAGCUGCCGCCUACAUCCAACCGAUCAUCCCGAAGGCUGGGAUUGGGUUAACCAUCAGAGCAGGGACGCUUUGUGUCAAAGCCCCAUCUUACCACAAUGUGGUAGAAGUCCUGCUACCUACUCUGAAGGCUAUUGGGAUUGGUGAGGAUUUCAUCAAGCUUGACACAAGUUACGAACAAGGAUGGCAUACCGACUAUGUCAAGAUCCCUGGACGUAUAAAGCUCUGGGUCAAGCCACUCCAAGUCCCACUGAAGGCUUUCAUCCUGGAGAAACGAGGGGAGGUAACAAUUAUUAGUAUCAUCGCCCACGCACCAGAAGACGAAUACCAAGAGUUCAGUGCCACAGUAAAAAAAGAAAUCGAAGAAGCUUUCCGUCAACGCAGUAGUAGUCCAAAUGUCAAGCUUGAUAUACAGGUUCAAACGUUCCAAUCCUCGGUUCCCGAUCAAUACCACCUUCUUUUGGUUGCAGAGACUGUAGAUCCUAACGCGAGAAUUGGAUACGAAGAAGUGUUUCCGCAAAAGUCAGGUUUCCCCGAAAGGCUAGCACUUAAUAAAGAUAGACUAUUCAAACACCUCGCACGAGUCUGCAUUUGUGGUCUGGUCAAAGAGCUCAUAUCGGGUAAUGCUGUGGAUGAGAAUAUCGAGGAUAUGCUUGCGAUCUACCAAAGCCUUGCGAACGGGUUUUCUUCUGUGGCUGCGCCCGGAAAUGCAAGACUGGUUGCCGAAGAUCCCAGGUUGAAGGUGCCUCUAGGUUUGUCCGGUUAG